UGGGCGACCCAAAGCACGAUAACGUUUGCGGAUCCGAACCAGGUCCAAGAAUUUCGUCCAUGGCAUUGUCUCUAAAUUCGUGCUAUGUAGUCGCGCUGGUUUACACAUCGGGGCGAGGCGCUGAGGUUGGGGUCGAUUUGAAGAAGCGGUCAGUACUUACGCCGAUCGGACUCCGAAUUGCUAUUCCACGUAUUGUGCAGCUGGAUGUACGCUACGAUUGUCUAGACAUCUUGAUUAUUAUCUCCAGGGCUUGCUCUUGGGACGCUGAUCAAGUAGUGUCCCGAGGGAAGAACUUGAAGGCUUACAUCUACGCAACGUCCCCGCGAGGCAUCUUCACGUACAACUUCACCCCAGAGAAGCCACAAUAAUUGGCGAAAUGUCUGCUGCAUAGUUAUAAAAAAAGGUAGUAUUUCAUCAGUUCUGCACUAGCACGCGUAUCGGCACCUAUGUUACCGUCUCCGGCGCUCUCGGCACAAUGACGGAUUCCAAUCAUGUCAUGAUGUACGGCAAGAGCUUGGUGCGUUGGCAGUCCCGGCGCCGCAGAAUCGACGGCUCAUAACGCUCGCAGGUACCCACGAGCUUUACCCACGACUGCGUCGAAAGUUCCAGGAUGCCUGAGGGCAGUUAUUGCUUA